AUGCUUUAUAAUGAUGAAAUUUAUUAUUCUAGUGAAAUACAUGAAGAUAACUCAUCAACAUAAUCAGCGUAUAGUUGUUGCAUUGCCUUUUUGUGUAUGCUCUGUGGAUAUGUGCUGCUGUAAACCAAUUCCUACAUCGAAGGCAAGUCAAAUCCAUACUAUUAUCAAUGCACGAUGACUUUGCCAUUGACUUACUUUUGUGGAGUUGCAUUUUUAAUUGCAGCAGCGGUGAGAUUGGUAUUUUUAGUCGUUUUUUGUUUGCAAUCACAAAAACAACAGCCUCAUUCCAGUCUCUUUCACAAAAAAGUGAAGCAUUCUGAAGUGAUGAUUGCAAUGGCGUAAGGAUAUUGA